AAGAUAUCAAAGCAGGGUAUUUUGUUCAAGUAUGCACGAAAACGAACCGGUUUACGUAGUUGAUAUGAAUAAGGAGGUUCAACGAGCAAAGUGGUUUAAAGAAGAUUUAGAAAAAUCAGGAUGGAGAAUGGUCUUUACAAAACCAGGAGAAACGUUUUGGAUAAAAACAAUUUUGGCAGAAAAAAUAAAAACAAAGAUUCUCUAUAAACUUACCUUGCCAAUGCCAGGAGAAAUGUUUGCAAUGUUGUUACAUCCUGAAAACUUGGAGACACGACGUGAAUGGGAUCACGCUUUUAAAGACCAUAAAAUGUUAGAAAAACUUCCUAACGGCGGGUAUAUAACAUACACUAGAGCAAUUUUACCAUGGCCUCUUGCCGAUCGCGAUUUCGUUUUUUUUGUUCCUCCUGCCGAAGAAAUUGAUUGGUAUGGAAAAAAAUCCCUUUUUCUUGUACAGAAGAAUGCAAUACACGAACAAAAACCAAUAGAGCAAGAUGCAGUACGAGCGACAAAUGGAGGAGAUUUUUGUGUUAUCACUCCAGACAUUAAUCAGCCACAUGAUAAAUGCGAAAUUUUUGGUCUUUCAAACAAUAGUUAUAAUGGAAGUAUUCCCGAUUGCGCUACAAAGUGCGUGGUUGCAAACUCUGUUCCUCAAUUAUUGGAUACGUUAAUAAGCAAUAUGAUAACUAAGUAUAAUCAACAGAUUAAUCAUAAAUAAAUGUUUUGUUUUUUUGUAGUAGUAAUUUAUAGAAUAAAGUUUGAUGAACUUUCUUUUUUUACUAAUAAACUGUUAAUUUCUUAACACACAAGUUGUUUAUCAUAAUUUUUAUCAAGUGCAUCGUGAUACUAUAUUAUAAUAUUAUUAUUGUUUUACACAGAAACUGUAAAAAAAGUAUAAUUCUUUUUUAUAUUUCGUCCAUUUUCCUACUCUACUCCUACCCCAUUUCAAACAUAGAUUUUUUUUGAAAUCGUUUUCUUGUUGCUUAUGUUAUUUUUCUAAUUUAUGGAUUGUUAUUAUUUUUUAACAAAUUAGACAGAAUAGACAACGGA